GUUAAUAUUCUUUCUGGUUGUUUAUACAGAUUGUUGAUUCAAUCAUAUCUCAUGGGAGUUUCUUAACUAAUAGUGUUAUAGAGCAUAGUGUUGUUGGUAUCAGAUCCCGGAUUAAUUCUAAUGUUCACUUAAAGGAUACUGUGAUGCUUGGAGCAGAUUUUUAUGAAACAGAAUCUGAAGUGGCUUCAUUGUUUGCUGAGGGAGGAGUUCCUAUUGGAAUAGGAGAAAACACAAAAAUCAAAGAAUGCAUCAUUGACAAAAAUGCAAGAAUUGGAAAGAAUGUUAUCAUUGCUAACUCAGAGGGGGUCCAAGAAGCGGAUAGGUCAACGGAAGGGUUUUACAUCCGUUCAGGCGUAACAGUCGUACUGAAAAAUUCAGUAAUCAAAGAUGGAACAGUGAUCUAAGUUUUACUACAAGUCUUCAAUCCUAUACCCUUUUUUUCCCCUUUCUUUUUGGGUAGCAUUAGGAUUGGAAAGGAGCGAACUAAGAAAUAAGAGCUACUAUGUUCUGUAAAUCAAGGCAUCCCUAGUUCUUUACUAUGUGGAUUGGAAGUGCAACAUGCUUAUUGUUUUGUAAAAAAUACUGCAAAAAUGUGUUUCCAAGCCAUUUGAAGUGAAAAAAUAAAAACACUAAUAUUUCAAAGUUACCA